AUGUCUAGCCUCUGCGGUCAGCACUGUAUCAACAACUUGGUUCAGGCGGCAAGCUAUUCCGCCGCAGACCUGGCGGACAUCGCCCUCGAGCUCGACGACCAGGAGAGGCAGCACAUGCUGGCUGCGGGCUCCGACACCCCGGACGCGUUGAAGUUUUUGGCGGAAGAAUCUGGAAACGUGGACGCCGCAGGAAAUUUCUCUAUUCAGGUCCUAAACACGGCCCUGAAGCGACUGUACGGGGCGUACCUUGUAUCGGCGGGCAGCGAGAGCGUCGGAAAGCUCAGCACCACGGGAUACGAUGUCGAGGACGCCUUCGUUUUGAACCGACACGCGCAUUGGGUGGCCGUGCGCUCUAUCGGAGGGGCAUAUUGGGACCUCAACUCCAUGCUGGACAAUCCAACGCGAAUCACGACCUUCGCUCUGGAAGCUUACCUGCACCAGCUGCGAGAAGACGGGUACUCGGUCUUCGUUGUAAGGGGGGACGAUCUGCCGCCUCCAGCCACGGAGCCCCGCGAGGGAUCGAGGGACUGCUGGUACCGCGUAAAGGACUUGCUCGAGGUGUCAAGAGGAGGAAAAGGAUCUGGCGGCGCAUUGAACACGGCGGCCACAGACGUCUGGCUCAACUCCGGUCCGGGGCAGCGCCUAGACGGCGGAACAACCUCCAAGGGUCCGGGAAAAGACGGGCGGGAUAGCGGCGGGGCGGGCAUGACGUCCGCCGAAGACAUGCAGCUCGCGAUGGCGAUCAGCGCUAGCAUGGGCGGUGGGGGGGCUGCUGAGGGGGGGGGCGAGGGGGAGGAUGAAAUGGCUCGUGCCAUCGCGUUGUCGUUGUCGCAAGAAGAGUCAGCGUCGUCAUCGCCAGCAGGCUUAUACACACCACAACCAGUACCGGAGCUCCAACCCAAUGGCCCGGACGUAGUGCGAGUUCAGCUCCGAGUCGGGGGCGGCCAGAGAGUCGUCCACAGCUUCAGACGGUCCGAUCCCCUCACGGCGCUUUUUGACGUGGCGGCUCAAGCCCUCGCCAAGGCCGACGGUAAGGCGCUGCCUUCUCCCUUCGACGUGGUAGCGCCAGGAGGACGGGCGCUGCUCAAGGCCGGGGUAGUUGUACCAGGGACCGAUGGGGGCGAUGUAGCAACAGCAGCGAAGCCGGCGGGGGCGGGUGGGGGGGAGAGUGAUGGCGGUGGCCCUACGAUAGGGUCGGAACAGCUGGGCGGGGCGAGCGUGAUCGUGCGCAGGGCUUAGUUUUUUCAGGGGGUGUUUUUGUUUGGCGUUGCUGUCACUGGGCAGUUCCGUCCGUGUCUUUGCGGCGUCUCUGUGACACCGUCAUCGCCGCAUGUUUGUUGACAGUUCGGGCAUCGCGGGGGUCGAAUCACGUGGGCGGAUGGCGCAAGACGGCUAAACGAGAAGGCGAGAACGCGGGGCCUUCGUGUGAGACCUGGAGCUACAUUCCCUCUUUGGAUCGGAUCGGCGCACUACUGUGCCGCUUGGGACAUGAAGACCCGCGGCACAAGUACGACGGAGGCUGCGUCCGACACUUAUCCCGGCAAAAAAAUUAAAAACAUGACCCGUUCGGAUCAAGCUGGGUUGUGUUGUAGACGGUAGAGAUGAGACACUUACUCUUAAAUGAGCGAAAUAAUGGAGGUGUUUGAGCGUUACUUUCUGGGGCUUCCAUUGCAAAGAACCAAGUGUGUGGUAUGUCUAGGCCUAUCGAACGUAGGCCAUUCGGUUACCCUUCGA